AUUCAACGAUACAUUUCAAUCACACAACUAGUUAUUGUUCAUCACUUUGAGGUCCAAGAAAAUGCAAGCAACCUCUCCAUCCUCACUUAUGCUUAUAUCAUCCCCUCCUUCAGGCAUCAAAAAGAGGGCACCAUUUAUUUCACACAUGCUCCUCACUAAUACCACCACCACUAGUAGUCGUAGGAGUUUCAUCUAUGCAUCAAAAAGAGACUCAUAUGGGCACCGUUAUGAUGGCAAGUUGGUGGAUGAGAAUAUGAUCAUUCUUAGAAUGCGAAUCCGUGAGAUUGAGAUGGUGGAAAUGAAGAGUAAAGCUCCUUCGGAUUGGACUGAAUGGGAGAAAGAGUAUUUUGAGAAUUAUGAUUCGGAUGUAUAUGAAGUAGUUGGAUUGUUGCAAAGAUUGUUGAUGAACACUAGGCCUUGCUUUGUAGUGGGUAUGUUGGCUCUGCUUAUGCUAAGCAUCUCAACGUCAAUGUCACUACUUGUGUUUCAUCUAAUUCAAUUGGCUAAAGAAAUCAUAUAG